GCUAGCAGCGUGCUGCGUGCGCGACCACCUACCGAUGCAUCCGCCACCGCCCCCACUCCUGCUCCGCGUCCGCUUUUCAGUUCUCCACAGCUCGCUCGCACGUCCUCCCAAGUCUCAUCCCUCCGCCCGCGGCGCCCGCUUCCGCUUCCAGUCCACAGGCGUCUAGAGGGGGGGAGGCCGUCGCCGAUGACCGUCUGAUCGGCCGUCGCCAUGGGAUGCGCCGGAUCCACUCCUAAGACUGACGAUAAUGGUAAGAAGCUGAAAAAACCAAAGCCUUGGAAGCACACUCAAGCAAUAACUCCGGCACAACUCAGACAGAUGCGUGAUGAAUUUUGGGACACUGCUCCUCACUAUGGUGGACAGAAAGAAAUUUGGGACGCACUUAGAGCUGCUGCAGAUUCUGACUUGGCACUUGCACAGACCAUAGUGGAUAGCGCUGGCAUCAUUGUAUCAAAUUCUGACAUGACACUUUGCUAUGAUGAAAGAGGUGCCAAAUAUGAACUUCCAAAGUAUGUUCUAAGCGAGCCGACAAACUUGAUCAGGGAUGGUUAAAUUCGUAGAAUAUAAAUGGUCCAAUGUAUAUUAUGUAAAUCACAUUUAUUCACUGACACGGAUCUUGACCUGAUUGGGACUUCGAUAAAGUUACAAUGUACCAAAAUUCCAAUUUCAGCUGUUCUCCUACUUCUA